AUGGGACGUUUGUCUACCUCUGCAGAAUGCUACCUUCAUGUAGGAGACUGCCUCACAGUCAACCUGUGCCCGAACGGUCCUCCGCGGUUCGCGCCGGGUGCUCUCCCGGCCUCGGCCGGCGCGAGGCGACCCGCCCGCUGCCCGCGUGCUCCGCAGGUGUGCCCGGACGACGCGCACGGCCAGUUCCUGCUCCCCGCGAGCUCGCUGGGCAAGAACAGGGCGGAGGCUUCCCUGGAGCGCGUCCAGGACCUCAACCCCAUGGUGGACGUGAAGGCGGACCCCGGGGACGUGGAGCAGAAGCCGGAGGAGUUCUUCACUCGCUUCGACGUGGUCUGCCUGACGUGCUGCACCCAGGAAGUCCUCCUGAAGGUGGACCAGAUAUGCAACAAAUACGGCAUCAAGUUUUUCACUGGCGAUGUCUUUGGUUAUCAUGGCUACAUGUUUGCCAACCUGGGUGAACAUGAAUUUGUUGAAGAAAAAACAAAGGCUACCAAAGCUAGCCAGGAAGGGCAGGGGGGCUCUGAUCCGAAGAAAGCCAAGCUGGAUCUUGCGGAGACCACCCUGGUGAAGAAGCAUAUUCAUUUUUGCCUCCUAAAAGAUGCCCUGACUCUCAGUUGGAGCACUGAAGGGGCCAAGACAGCCCUGAAGCGGACUGCCCCAGAUUACUUCCUGCUGCAAGUGCUUCUGAAAUUCCGGACAGAAAAGGGGCGAGACCCUUCCCCACAGAGUUACAUGGAUGAUGCAGAGGUGCUCCGUCAGAUGCGCACGGAUGUGCUGGCCUCUUUGGGUGUUGGAACUGACCUGAUUGCUGAUGACUUUGCCAGCUGCUUCUCUGAAAUGGCCCCCGUUUGUGCUGUGGUUGGAGGGGUGCUGAGCCAGGAGGCUGUCAAGGCGCUCUCACAACGGGACCCUCCCCUCAACAACUUCUUCUUCUUCAAUGGCAUAAAGGGCAGUGGGGUUGUGGAGUGCCUGGCCCCCAACCUCACAUCCUGAACCGAUGGCCCUGCACAGCCUUGGGAGAUGAUUCAGUUACGGAUCUUCAGCUAUGGAUGCACUUCCCGAACAGCCAACCCUCAUAACGUCUCUUUCCAACUUAGCCCCAAUAAAAACUUCUUUGGUUA